AGAAAAUGUGUUAAAUAUUAUAGUUUAUUUAUUGAUAUAAUUCGAUAUAAUUUUUUUAUAGAAAUGUUUUAUAAUUUAUCAAGAUAUAUCAAUUUACCGUUGUGUGAACGAAAUACACAAAAAAUCUUUAAUUUUAUAAAUAUUAGAAAAAAUUCAUUAUGGUGGAAAUGCCAAGAAUCAAAAAUAGGAUACUCUUAUUAUAAAAUAAAUACACCUUUAAAAUAUCAUACAUCAAAUAAAGUACGACGACUUGUCGAUUCGUUCAAUGAUGAAAAAAACAAAUUAAUGACAGUAUGGCCAAAUAUUGUUAGUGAAUUGACAGAAGAUAAUAAUGAAGAAUUACUAGACGUUAACAAAUGGAUAACAGAGGUAUUGGAAUAUAAUGUUCCGAAAGGAGGAAAACGAAGAUCAGUAUCGUUUGUAAUUGCAUGUAAAUUGCUGACAUCUCAAGAUCAAUUAACAGAAGAAAAUAUUCGUUUAGCUCAUAUCUUAGCCUGGUGUAUAGAAAUAAUGCAAGCAGUUCACACAAUGGCAGAUGAUAUUUUAGAUCAUGCAAACAUGCGACGAAAUCAACCAGCCUGGCAUGUAAAAAUUGGAUUAUUUGCAGUUAAUGAUAUUUUACUUAUAGAAACAUGUAUAUAUAAGCUUAUUCAGAAAUAUUUUAAAUCAAAAGAAUGUUAUGGAGAUAUCAUGAAUACAUUCUUGAAAUAUCAUAGAAGAGCAGGGUAUGGUGAAUGUCUAGAUAUAUUGACAUCGACAGAUUGGAAAAAAAAUUUCAAUUUUGAUCUUUUUUCUAUGGAUCGAUACAAUACUAUAAUAAAAUAUAAAACAUCUUAUUUCUCAUUUGUACUUCCAUUCGUUCUUGCUAUGCAUUUCGCUGGGAUAACCGAUCCAGAAAUAUAUAAGCAAGCAGAACAAAUUCUGCUAAAAAUAGGACAUCUUUUCCAAGUACGAGAUGAUUAUUUAGAUUGUUACGGUAAACGCGAUAUCAUAGGGAAAAGUGGAACUGAUAUACAAGAAGGAAAAUGUACGUGGCCCUUAGUAGUUGCAUUGCAGCACGCUACAGCUAAACAAAAAAAUGUUUUAAAAGAAUGCUAUGGAAUAACUGAUGAAGAAAAAGUAAAACGUGUGAAAGAAAUUUAUGAAGAGAUUGGUAUAUCAAAUAUUUAUUUUGAUUACGAAGAAGAAACGCAUGAUUUAUUGAAUACAUAUACACAACAAUUAUCUUCGAAACUUCCAACUGAAUACUUUUUAUAUUUACUCGCUACAUCAUGCAGUAAAGUAGGACGAAAAAAUUAGUUGUACGAAAAAUGUUGAAACAUAUCCAGAAAUUGCUAUAGAUAAUUUCAAAUAAUAUUUUCCUAUGCUUUUAUAUUUCUAUAAAAAUUUUUAUUACUUUUUGUUAUUAACGAACUAUUAACGAAAAAUAUUUGUUGAUUGAAUCUAGACACAAAAAUAAUGUUGGCUAUAUACCGCCAACUAAGAAACAACAAAUUGAAGGAAUAUGUCUAAGAAACUGUGUUACAUAUAUAAUAAAUAUUUUUUAUUAAUAAAAAAUACAUAUUUAGAAUAAAAAAUAAAUAAUUAUACAUGAACUACAUUGAAUUAAAAAAAAAUUGACCAAAUAAAUAGAUAAAAUCAGACAAAAAAAAUUCUUGAAAUCUUUUUUUCUGGAUAUCUUUUCUUAAUAUUAAUGGUAUUUUGAUAUAUAUUCUUAUUUUUAAAUUUAUUAUUAUUCUUUGCAUAAUAUUCUUUGACAGAUUUGCAUAAUAUUAAAACAUUAUCAAAAAAUUUAUUAAAAUACACAUGAAGGUAAUAUAUCAUCAGAUCAAUUGCAUUUAUCAUUCAAUUAAUUGCAACAAUGAUUAAUUGUAAUCAUUUGUAAUAGCAUAUAGUUAAUAGAAUGUUUUAAGUAACUUAUGCUUUGACAACAUGAUUAGUCAGUUUUUUAUUAAUAAUUCGUUAGUAAAGUUUUAAUGAAAAUUUUUAUAAAGAAAAUAAUUGCUCGAAAUUAUUUUAGAAAUCUCCAAUUAAUUGGCGUUUUCAUAUUUUUCGGAUAUUUUAAAUAAUAAAUCAAAUUAUUAUAAUAAAUUUUUUCAUUAUAAAAAUACAAAGUUUGGAAAAAUAAAGCAAUAAUAUAAAGUAUUUAAAAUUUAAAAUUCAUUGUAAUUAUGAAUAAACAAUGUGAACAAUAAUAUAUUCUUAUUGUCAUAGUAUCAUGAAUUUCUUUUUGUUUUUCUUUCAAAACGGUUUUUUUGCAAAUCGCAUUUGAAAUAUUUGGUACAAAAUAAUUUUUUGUAACAAUAUAUUACUUUUUUUAAUUCUUAUAAAAUUAAUAUGUGAUAUAUCAAGAAUCACAAUUUUUAUUGAAAAAAAUAUAAUUUUCAAAAUUCAUAUAAUAUCUGAUGAAAAUUUUGUUUUAUUGUUAUAUGCCAAUAAUGAAUUAAUAAUUCAAAAUUAUCCAAAGCUACUUAUAAGUUGGAUUAAUAAAGCUAAUUCGAUUUACAUUGUGUUUAAAUUCGAAAGAAUCUCAAAAUUCUAUUGAAAUAAUUAAGUAAAAACUUUACAAUUAUACAAUUAAAUAAAUUUUAUAAUAUACAAAUUUUUUAGUGAAUGUGAAAUAUACUGUUAGAACAGUUCUGAAAAUAUAUUCAUUAUCUAAUAACUUUUAAAAACAUGAAAAA